AUUAAAAAAUCUUUUGUUCAAUUAACAACAAGUGUGAAGUGUGGUGUGCCGAUCGCUGAAAAGGAUAAGCCCAACUUUGGAUUACAUUACCGAAUCACAUAACACAACAUGAAGAACUUUGCCCUUUGCCUGUCCGCUGCUGCUUUGCUCUGCCUGGUGAAUGCAGCACCAAAGCCCCAGGGUGGUGAGCCCAUUGCGAUUAUUAGCCAAGAAUCCAAUAUCGAGCCGGAUGGUGCCUACAAUUAUGCCUACGAGACGGCUAAUGGAAUCAAGGCUGAGGAAACUGGAACCGUCAAGAAGGCCACAUCGCCGGACUCCACGGAUGUAAUCAUUGUCAAGGGCUCCGUGUCCUACACCUCACCCGAGGGCGAGCUGAUCACUCUCAACUAUGCGGCCGAUGAUGAGAAUGGUUUCCAGCCACAGGGCGCACAUUUGCCCACUCCUCCUCCAAUCCCGCCAGCGAUCCAAAAGGCGCUCGACUAUCUGCUCAGCCUGCCCCCAGCUCAGCGUCGUCGUUAAGAUGAAGAUGGAGUUUAUUUAGUGAAAAAUUGACCUGGCUAGCGUUACUCUGAUACUCUACACCCAAUGAAGCAAUUUGCUGCUAACCCGUAUAUUAUCAAUCAAUACCUUAAAGCGAACACCAACAUCGAGCAGCUGACUGAAGAACACAACCUGCACACACACACAUACUCACACAGCCACACACAUAUAUACUCAAUUACCCAAAUAUGUUAUAUAUUUUUGUUUUGAUUUUUAAACUUUUUCUCCCUACCUUAUCCGAUUUCUGCAAUUCUUUUUCGUCUUCAAACUUAUACUGUGCUUAAGAUCUUUUAGUCGCCGGAACUUUGCCAUUUUCGGACUCAUGUGAUAUCAUCGAUUUACUAAUGAAAUCAAGAAGAAAAUGUAAAAAAAAAAAAAUAUAACGUGAACGAUCAAGAACGAUCCAAUUAUUGUGCACAGCAAUUCUUGUGUAAAUAGUCUAUAUAACUAUAAUCUUUUGCAUGUAUGUUAAUACGAGUAUAAGCGAUAUGGAUGACGAAGAUAUACUUACUUAUACAGAUACUUGUGCAUAUAUAUAUGCAUGUAUAUAUAUGAAUUGUUGGUUUUUUGUACAUGUCAAAUGAUGUAAGCAUACUUAUAUGAGACGAAACUCAAAUAUCUUUAGCCUUAGCUGCAAAUAAAGAAUUAAAGAUUCUUUGAAAAAACAACAAAA